AUGGUUGCAGCCAAAACAGCUUCCACACGGUGGCUGGUCCGAAUAAUUCCAUUAAUACUGGCCGGUUGUGCUGGCCUUGCAACCUAUGUGGUUGUCAAGCGAAAAAAUGGAGUAGCUGCGGCCUUCCUUACUCUAUACUUCGUCUUUCUUCUCUGUAUGCUAUUGUCAUACUUCCGCGUCUUCCUCGAAAUACAACACAACCCGGGAGUCACGCCGCUCGGAGAGCGAGCUGUUGUACAAAGAGAGCGGGACAAGGAGCGCAAACGCCAAGGCCGUAAAGCAGAGAGCGAUCUCGAAGCAGGCGAACGAUACGAGGCCGGUGCCGACAACAAUCCCGACAGUCCAGGUCUCGAGCGCUUCUACAGCAAGAAUGUUUUUGUGUGUAACACAGACGGCCGGCCUCGGUGGUGCAGCUCUUGCUGCACCUGGAAGGUUGACAGAGCCCAUCAUUGCAGUGAGCUCGACAGGUGUGUCAAAAAGAUGGAUCAUUACUGUCCGUGGGUAGGCGGAGUUGUCGGUGAAACAUCUUUCAAGUUCUUUAUGCAGUUCACAGGUUACACAGCAUUGUAUUGUAUUGUGGUCAUUGUUGCAACGGUCAUCUGCCUCAAGUCGAAAUUAGACAGCGGACAGGGCGUUGAUGGGCUGGUAAUAGCUGCUUUGGCAAUCAGUGCGUUCUUCGGCCUUUUCACCUUCACAAUGACCGCCACGUCGAUUCGGUAUGCCAUUGUCAAUCUUACCAACGUCGACUACCUCAAAUCGAAGAACAUGGUCCACCAAUUGGCCAUUCGAGUCCCUCGGGGGACACAAGGGACACCGAAAUACAGCGUGAUCACAUACCCGCUACCGAAGCGCUCGGGACCAGGCCAUGAGGAAGAUCCUCCACGGGACCAGCUAGCAACCCGGACAUUUGCCAUUGUGAAGACGGAGAUGGGCGAAAACCCAUGGGAUCUGGGACCGUAUAGAAAUUGGCAGUCAAUCAUGGGAAACAGCCCCGUUGACUGGCUACUGCCGAUCAAGCCAUCGCCCUGCGCGGUUUACGAAAACAACGAAAGCUUUUACGAGAUGGGGCCCCUGUAUGAACAGUUGCGGGAACGAUUCGGGCUUCCAGAACUGUCCAGCAGCGAGAAGGGAGAGGUUAUAGAGCUGAAACAGCAUCGGCAUGUAAAUGGGACGGACAGCACACGAGGUUCAUGAUAUAGACGGAGAUACCCAGGGAUUCUUUGUGGGCACUUGCUAUCUGGCGCAUGUCAUUUUAUUGGGUUUAUACGCAUAUCGUGCAUCCUUGGACGGUACAACGAUAGGGUAAUUUGAUCAGCAGUGGUGUUUAUGGAGCGAUCAGAAGCCUGC